AUGCAGACGACGGCGUCGCUUGUACUGCUGCUGGUGGCAGCCGCAAACUGUGUGGCGGGUGGAACAGCGCCUCGUGCUGUGUCCGUAGUGAAUGGCCGCAUAAUCAACGGUGAGCCCGCUGCUGUGGGGGAGUUCCCUGCGCAGCUGUCCUUGCAGAGGAAUGGUCGCCAUUCGUGCGGAGCGUCCAUCCUAAACGAGAACUGGGCCCUCACUGCUGCUCACUGCGUGGAUGGGCUCGACAGUGACAUCGUUCUGGAGGUGUUGGCGGGCACCAUCACGCUGGAUGAUGGAGGCACGCGCCACAACGUGGAGUCCUUCACGAUACACCCGCAAUACGACGAGUCUGACUCCUGGGUCAACGACAUCGCCCUACUGAGGUACGACGGAUUUCUACCAAACAACCUGCAGAAGGUGGACAUCGAGGUCUGGAGCCAGGACCUGUGCGCGUCGCUCUUCUGGGACGCCUUUGAGUCUCCGGUCUACCCCUCCCACAUCUGUGCCGCUGGUGUAGAUGAGCGGGACUCUUCCUGCAAUGGCGACUCUGGAGGCCCCCUGCUGCAUGAGGGCGUCGUCGUGGGUCUGGUGUCGUGGUCCUACCUCUGCGCCACCCCUCCCUUCCCCACAGUCUACACCAGGGUCUCCAGCUACGUCGACUGGAUCAACCAGCAGAUCAGCGUCUGA